AUGAUAACCGGACCAUUUGCCGAAAGCCAACAGAUGGAUACAAUUUAUUAUGAUAAUCGCCGUAUACCCAAAAUAACAAUAUCAGAUUAUUGCACACCAGAAAUAUUUGCAUUAAUAUUGGAAUUUAUUUAUACCGAUAAAUGUGAUAUUCCACCUAACCUUUCAUAUAAAGUCCUUAUAGAAGCAGACAAAUUUUUACUUGAUAAGUUGAAAUCACUUGCAUCGAUAGUGUUGACUAAUCAGUCAGAACCACUUGAAGAUAUUUAUACGCUGAUGAGCGCCGCAAUUGAUUUAAAUGUUUAUAGAUUAGAACAAUGGUGUUCGCGAUGGUUUGCAGAACACAUUGAAGAAGUUUUGGAAGAUCAACGAUUUUUAGAAAUGAUCCAAGAAUCAGCACACAGGUUAUCAAAAAAAUAUGGAGUGCUUGAAGAUAAUCUAGAUAAAAAUGGAAGGGUUAGCGAAGAGAGUUUUACGUGGGAAGUUGAAUAUAAUCAAAUUCUUGAAAGAAUUGAUAAAGUUUUAGAACAAUUGGAACUUGAUGCUUAA